UAUAGGGAGUUUAAGCUUGCAUAUAAUACGGAAACGCCAACGUAUGACCAAUCCUGCAUACAAAUGCAUCGCUUAAAUAUUUUUCAUUCAAAUUUAGGCUGUGAAAAACAUCGCAAGCUGAAACUCCCAAUUGUAAACAAUGUGUACCCUAAACAGAAAUUUAAUACAUCCCUCUUUUCAAAUACAUGUGAGGGCACUGUCCAGGCCAUGACAGGAUUUCAAGUUAAGCUAAGCCAAUCAAACCAAAUUAAUGCCAAAAACAUUAAUCAAAUGACCAAUAUCUGUAAUUCUUGUCAUAUCCCAAAAAACUUAUGAAAACAUUUUGAAUUUAUAAUAUGUGACUUACACAAUAUUUUUGGCUUAUCUAUG